GUGGGUAUGGAGCAAGAGCUUUAAAUAUGAGGCGUGAUCCGCUGAUUAUGAGACUUGGGCAAGAAUUUCCUUUGACCCUGGGCCGGGAUGUCUCUGGCGUAGUGAUGGAAUGUGGGCUUUCCGUUACCUAUUUCAAACCUGGAGAUCAGGUGUGGGCAGCAGUUCCUCCAUGGAAACAGGGCACUCUAUCAGAGUUUGUCGUAGCCAGUGCAAAUGAGGUGUCUCGUAAGCCCAAGUGUCUCACUCACACUGAAGCUGCUUCCUUGCCCUAUGUUGCUCUCACAGCCUGGUCUGCUCUGAGCAAGGUUGGUGGGCUGAAUGACAAGAACUGUAGUGGAAAACGUGUUCUAAUUUUGGGAGCUUCAGGUGGAAUUGGUACCUUUGCUACACAGUUGCUGAAAGCGUGGGGCGCCCAUGUGACAGCAGUUUGUUCCAGGGAUGCCACUGACCUGGUAAAGAAGCUUGGAGCAGAUGAUGUAAUUGAUUACAGAUCAGGAAAUGUGGAAGAACAGUUGAAAUCCUUGAAACUGUUUGACUUUGUCCUAGAUAAUGUUGGUGGAGGCACUGAAGAUUGGGCUCCAAAGUAUCUCAAGAAAUGGUCAGGAGCCACAUAUGUGACACUGGUCACUCCUUUUCUGCUCAAUAUAGACCGGCUCGGAAUAGCAGAUGGCAUGGUACAAACAGGAUUUACCAUGGGCUCUAAGGCACUGAAGCAUUUUUGUCAAGGAGUCCAUUAUCGAUGGGGCUUUUUCGUGCCCAGUGGUGUGUAUUUGGAUGAUAUUGCAGAACUGGUGGAAGCAGGAAAGAUCCGACCAGUUAUUGAAGAAACCUUCCCUUUUUCUCAAGUUCCCCAAGCCUUCCUGAAGACAGAAGGUGGACAUGCACGAGGAAAGACCGUGGUUAACGUAGUUUAAGAAAAAGAAAAUACACUGGCUGUGGAUCAACAGGUCUCACCCUUGUUGUUUGGUUCUGGUGUGUGCCCCCGUUUCCUUCCUGACUCUCCACAUUUAUCAGAGGUUUAAUGAGCAUGAGUUUUGAUAGUUUUCAGGAGAGGAGGGGAAAUGUCUUUACGUUUCCCUGAGUCUCCAGCCACAAGUCUUAUUUAAGUGUUCCUGACUUAGAAUUAUCCACUGCCCAUGUGAAGUGCUGCCAGAAUGAAACUGAACCA